AAAAGUUUUUAUUUUUAUAAUAUACUAAAAACCAUGUUUUAAACUAAUAUCAAAUACCUAAGUUGGGUUUUAGGGCUCUUGGGGAAGGGGCAGAAAUGCGGCCCAAGAGGUAUGGCGACAUGGUCCGGCGGCUGGGCAAGGCGGGCAGCGAGGUGAAGGUGCGCUCCUUCAUGGAGCCGUCGCGCGUGGAGCCCGGCAUCGGGGUAAACAUCUGGCAGGUGCUCAAGGCGCGCAUGUACAAGCUCGCCCACGCCGACGUCCACGGCGAUCCCACAUUCCAGAUGCCCCUCAGCGACGCCAAGUCCCACCUCAUGGCACAGAACUACCUGCUCCACCACUACGCCGUCCGCAACAACCUCGACCUCUCCGUGGUCAAGGACGUGCUCCUCCCGCCGCCGGAGCUCCUCAACGCGCAGCCCCCGCCGCCCGUCAAGGACGACCUCUACAAGGGCCUGCCCGUCUUUGACGGCCCCGUGCCCGUCGUGUGCCCGCGCCCCGACCACGGCAAGGAGCUCAAGGUGACCGUCUACGACCAGCUCGACGUCAAGCAGAUGGUCGGGGUGGCCAUGCCCAUGGCGUACAUUCCCAUCGGGGUGUUGAUCCAUGGGAUUGAGAUGCGUCCCGGGCAGGGCGCCAAGCUCGUCCGGGCCAAGGGGACGUUCGCCAAGAUCACCAAGAAGCGGACGGACAAGCCGCGGGUGGCGGUGAGGAUGCCGUCCGGGAAGGAGAAGAUCUUCGACUCGCGGUGCCGGGCGGUGAUCGGGCCGCUCACCAAUCCGAAUAUCGUCAAGCCCAAGAUGUACAAGGCGGGGCAGAAUCGGUGGAAGGGUGUCCGGCCGCAUGUCCGAGGGAUUGCCAAGAACCCCGUGGAUCAUCCGCAUGGCGGGCGGACCAACGGGGGACGGCCCUCGGUGACGCCGUGGGGGAAGCCUUGCAAGUGUGGGUAUAAGACGGUGAGGAAGAGGAAGCCCGGGCUCAAAUAUUGAGCAUGGUUGUUAGUUUGAUCGAUCGAACUUUGCUGGAGAGGCACCGCUUGAAUGACCAAACAAGUUCGUUGGUGACUUUAAUGACCAAGUUCUUCCAAGUUCGUGGGGCGACUUGUAACCAAGUUCUCAAAGUUCCAGAAUAACAAGUCCAGGCUCGAAGUUCAUGUGUUUGGGGAAAGGAACUGAGGACGUUUUUCAAUGGAGUGUCGCAAAAUUGAAGAAGCGGAUGCAAGUUUUCCAAAGGGGACAGGAUCAAACAUGAGCUCCCUUGAGCGAGAUUAAACGUGAACCCAAGGUUAGCAAAUUUUAUAAUUUUAUACUCCGUUAUCUUAUUUAACUCUACAAUGUCAAAACUAUUUCCACUAUGCGAAAUUAUUUCUAAUUUAUGUAAAUAUAAUAUUAGGAUUUAACUUA